UAGACGCGAAUAAGAGAGAGAAAAAUAAGGGCCUUUGUUUGUUUGGUGUUCUUCGUCUGGUUUCGCCUCAUGCAGUGUUUAAGCUGAAGAAGAAGACAGAGUUAGAGAGAGAAGGAGCGCGUGAACUGUCUGAAUCAUUUCGGUUUCUGAUGAUUUUCAGAACAAUUAGGGUUUUCAUAUAGGUUACAGAGAGAGUCGAGAGAUUUGAGCUGUGUAUGAUUAAGCUGGACUGGUUUUACUGCUGGAUUUUGACGAGUUUUGGUGAGGGUAGGACUGUAGGAGAUUCGGGUUUGUAGUGGGAAGUAGGAAAGUGCUUUCUUUUUUUUCGUGGGGAAGGAUUCCUAUGAGAGAUCUGUGCUGAGUUUAUCAAGAAAUGGCGUCGUCAGAGGCAUCCGUUAAAGGAAAUUCUGGCAACCCCAUGGGGGAGAGCUUCACUUCCGGUUACACAGACCACAACGACGCUAGGAAGGCUGCCGAGGCGCGCAAAGAUGCUGAGGCUGCGCUGUAUGAGGAACUUUGGCACGCCUGUGCUGGGCCCCUUGUUACCGUUCCCCGGAAAGGUGAACUCGUCUUCUAUUUCCCUCAAGGACACAUCGAGCAGGUGGAGGCAUCGACUAAUCAGGUGGCUGACCAACAGAUGCCAGUAUAUAAUCUUCCUCCCAAGAUCCUUUGUCGGGUGAUGAAUGUGGAGUUAAAGGCUGAGCCCGACACUGACGAGGUUUUUGCCCAAAUCACUUUGAUGCCUGUUGCCAACCAAAAUGAUAAUGCAUUAGAGAAGGAAACUCCUCCUCCCCCUCCUCCAAGGUUUCAAGUACAUUCAUUUUGUAAGACACUUACUGCUUCGGAUACAAGCACCCAUGGUGGAUUUUCAGUACUAAGGCGGCAUGCUGACGAGUGCCUUCCGCCUCUGGACAUGUCUAGGCAGCCUCCAACUCAGGAACUGGUUGCCAAGGAUUUGCACAGCAACGAGUGGAGAUUUCGUCACAUCUUUAGAGGUCAACCUAGGAGGCACUUGCUUCAAAGUGGCUGGAGUGUUUUUGUCAGCUCUAAGAGGCUUGUUGCAGGGGAUGCCUUUAUAUUUCUCAGGGGUGAGAAUGGGGAGCUUCGUGUUGGUGUUAGACGUGCUAUGAGGAAGCAGGAAAAUGUCCCUUCAUCUGUUAUUUCAAGUCACAGCAUGCACCUUGGUGUGCUUGCAACUGCAUGGCAUGCCAUUUCAACAGGAACAAUGUUCACUGUCUACUACAAGCCGAGGACAAGCCCAGCUGAGUUUAUUGUUCCAUGUGAUCAGUAUUUGGAGGCUACUAAGAAUAACUACUCUAUCGGGAUGAGAUUCAAAAUGAAAUUUGAAGGUGAAGAAGCGCCAGAGCAGAGGUUUACUGGCACCAUAAUUGGCAUUGAAGAAUUCGAUCCCCAAAGAUGGAAAGAUUCUAAAUGGAGAUGCCUGAAGGUGAGAUGGGAUGAAACUUCAGCGAUACCACGUCCAGAGAGAGUUUCACCUUGGAAAAUAGAGCCUGCUCUUGCUCCUCCGGCACUAAAUCCUCUUCCAGUUCCGAGGUCAAAGAGGCCGCGAUCUAACAUUGUACCUUUGUCUCCCGACUCCUCUGUUCUAACUAGGGAUGGUUCAUCGAAAGUAACUGUAGACCCUUCACUGCCAAGUGGAUUUUCUAGGGUCUUGCAAGGUCAAGAAUUGUCGGCCUUGAGAGGAAAUUUUGCAGAGAGCAACGAUUCUGAUACUGCAGAAAAGUCUGUUGUUUGGCAACCUUCGCUUGAUGAUGAGAAGAUUGAUGUAGUCUCUGCUUCAAGAAGAUAUGUGCCUGAAAAUUGGGCUUCGUCUGGGAAGCAUGAACCGACUUACACAGAUUUGCUAUCUGGCUUUGGUGCUACUGUGGAUUCUACCCGUGGUUUUUGUACUUCCUAUACUGACCAUUCUGUUGCAACUGCUAAUUCAAUGAGAAAACAUUCACUAGAUCAGGAAGGCAGGUUGAACUUGCAUAGUAGCCCACGGUCCAUGGUGCCUUCGUCUCUGUCACUUAGCUUGGACACUAAUAUGAAGGGUUCUGUUCAAGGGGGUAUAUCAUUCCAAGGGCAGGGGAAUGUUAGAUAUGGUGGGUUUGAUGACUAUACCGCCUUGCAUGGUCAUAGAGUUGAGCACUCACAUGGAAACUGGUUUAUGCCACCACCAUCCUCUCCUCACUAUGAGAAUUCUGUUCAUUCAAGAGAGCCGACCUCAAAACCUGUAUCUGAGCAGAAGUACGAGGCUGUAAAACCUAAAGACGGAAAUUGCAAGAUCUUUGGGUACUCUCUAAUUGCACCAGAGCCUGCAGUAUCACAUAAAACCAUAGUUGGUAAGGCAAGGGGUACAAAAAUUGCAGCAGAUAGUCCAAUGGUCAGUAGUGAACAAGAAAAACCAUUACAAACUAAUCAGCAACAUUCAAGAGAACAUCAAGGAAAAGCACAGAAUGGUUCAACUAGGAGUUGUACCAAGGUUCACAAGCAGGGGAUUGCACUAGGAAGAUCUGUAGAUCUUACAAAGUUUAACAACUAUGAGGAAUUGAUAGCUGAGUUAGACCAGUUGUUUGAAUUUGGUGGCGAACUAAUGGCGCCAAAAAAGAAUUGGUUGAUUGUGUACACUGAUGAUGAGGGUGAUAUGAUGCUUGUUGGAGAUGAUCCCUGGCAGGAAUUUUGUGGCAUGGUUAGAAAGAUUUUCAUCUAUACCAGAGAAGAGGUUCAAAAGAUGAGCCCAGGGACCCUAAAUGCGCAUGGGGAUGGAAAUCCCUCAGUUUGUGAGGUUAUGGAUGCAAAAGAGAAGUCUCAAACACUUCCUUUAUCAUCUGUUCCUGAGAACUGUUAAGCUCUUGUAUCAAGGGUCAUGGUAUUAGGGACAGAUGUCGAGCCCAUUCUUGUUUGAAUGUGUGGACUAAACAAGAUUGAUGUGCCUCUUUUGGAAUACAAAUUCUCGUCUAGUAGAAAGUCAAAAAUGGAUGGCGCAAGUGACAAAUAUAAGAAUAUAUAUAUAUAGAUAUUAAAAAAAAUAUAUAUAUAUAUAUAGAUAUCCACUAUUGACAUGUCUGGAGUUGGUAUUUUGAAGUGUCCUAUUGCAUACGUAAUUAUAUAUACGUUUGGAGCAAGGUGUUGUGGUCCACCUUGCAUUGUCGAAACAAUUCUACGGUGUACAUAGCUGUUUUUCCCUCCUUACCCGACCUCUUAAUGUAUGUAAGUAAAGCAAUUUCAUACACUCUUCCCAAGUGUUUGUCAAUUUUGGAGGGUUAGGAAUGCCAUUAUAUCUUUUAGUUGACUCUAGGGUUAGUGGUUUUCACUGUCAUGAUGGUAUGUAAUGGUGUUGGCGGUGUAAUAUUGCGAGUUUACAACUAGAAAAAGAUGAAAAAAAAAAAGAGGGCACACGUUAAAUACUAGAUGUUAGAUAUAUGUAGUAGCCUUUUGAAAUUAUUUCAACUUUUCCUCUCUGCUCUUUUUGUUCUGUGACUUAAAAUUUUACUAUUGGUUGAAAUAUAUUUCUUGCGAUUGCCCAAAAUAUUCGUGGCUUUC